UUCCACCCUAUUCUAACACAAUUAAGAAGAUAUCAACUAUUUCCAUGCAGUUAUACACAAUUAAGUUUUUAUUGGAUUUAUAUUUAGAUUAUAUUUAUGAAGAAACUCACCUCCUCCAUCUCCCUGAGGAUGACGCUGCGUUCACGCUCAAUAGGACUAUGAUCAAAUUUUGAAUGCGUCUCUUCUGUCUCGAACCUUGAUCCAGCUGCCGAAUCGCCAUUGCCGUCAAACUGAGGCCGUUCAAGCUUUGCUCUGCUCUGCACAGACUCGCCCGAUGAAAACGGAGAAGAAGAAUCGAGUCUAGAGAGAGAAGACAAACCUCAUCCUUCUCAAUCGUUAUAAGCGGGGCACAUGCAAAACUAGUACGUCACUCCCGCGCUUUAUAUUCUGAAAACCCUACGGGAAAGACAUUUUUUCAAUCUCCGGCAACGCCACGAAAGCAUUCCAUCAACUGCAAAAGAGUCCUGCUUUGAAACAAUGGCGACGGCGAGAGCUGUGAAGGACGUCUCUCCUCACGAGUUCGUGAAGGCUUAUUCCGCUCAUCUUAAACGUUCCGGCAAGAUGGAGCUUCCAGAAUGGACUGACAUUGUGAAAACUGGAAGAUUGAAAGAGCUUGCUCCAUAUGACCCUGAUUGGUACUACAUCAGAGCUGCAUCGAUGGCUAGGAAAAUUUACUUGAGGGGCGGUCUUGGGGUCGGUGCCUUUCAGAGGAUUUACGGUGGCAGCAAGAGGAAUGGAAGUAAACCACCCCAUUUCUGCAGAAGCAGUGGCGCUGUGUCUCGCAACAUCCUUCAACAGUUGCAGAAAAUGAACAUCAUUGAAGUGGACCCAAGAGGAGGAAGGAGGAUUACAUCCAGUGGCCAGCGGGACCUCGACCAAGUUGCUGGGAGAAUUGUUGUUGCUGAUGUGGCCUAGUUUGUAUAUCUAUAUAUUUUGAUGCUUUUGUCAAACUAUAUCAGCAUGAAUAAUAUCUAUAUAUUUUGAUACUUUUGUCAAACUAUAUCAGCAUGAAUAAUAUCUAUAUAUUUUGAUACUUUUGUUAAACUCAUUUAGAUUGUUCAUUUGGUAUUGAAGUUUUGGGAAAUUAAUAUAUUGCAGUUUUGGAACCACACAAAUUGUUGCACACUGAUCAUUGCUUUAAGUAAUGCAAUUUUUGCUGCCGAGAUUGUUACUAUAAUAACAAUGCUUAUUGUUUACACACUACAUAAAAGAAUAUGAAUGAUUAUCAGAAACAAACCGAAAAAAUGAAACCUUGGAGGAGGAGGCUCUUCAAAUGCCUAUUUGACCUUCUUGUUCUUCUCUGGCCUAUGGCAACAAACAAUAUUAGUUAGGAAUUAGGAUGAUGCCUCGCAGUUUCUCGAAAGAAUAUGGAGUGUGUAAGAUAUAAAUAAACUGAUAUUAUUACCUUUGAGGAAUGAAAGGCUUGUCAAAGUAGGGCAUGGGUUGAGCUUUUGGAACGAGUUCCUUUCUCAAUCUUCUAAUUUCUUCUUCUUCUGCCAACUAUGAACAGCAGAGAUGUAAAAGUUAACAGCUGCAAGAUAUGAAGUGAUGAUCCCAACAGUUCUACAGAUGCUGUGGAUCGUAACAAAUAUUAUCUGGCACCCAUAUGUGCAGAGAUUAACAAGGACCUGAUGUUUGUUUAGCAUAGGCAACGGCAUUCACAUAGAGAGAUAGAAAUUGUACCUGAUGGUCAAACUCGGCUCGCUCCACAGCCCUUACAUCACUGUGCAGCACCAGAUCAAUUGCUCUUGUCCUCUCUUUCACGGGAGGUUUUACCAAACGCUGAAAAGCAAAAGAAAGCAAGGCUGUUCAGAUUACCACUAUGUGCUGACCAGAAACAGAAACAUAUAAGGAGGCAAAAGGACACAAAAGCACAGAGCAAAAUCACAAUCACCACAACAUAAGUACCAACACACAAACCUCAGUUCUGAGCUUGAAAGGUUCACGAGAGGUUGUUGUUCUGACGAACAGCGCGAAUCCAAGCCUAAGCACUCACAGGUGAGGAGAAACUCUGGUGGAGAGAAUGGAGCUUUUGCAGGUGAUGCACUUUUCAUUCCAUCCUCACCAUCUCCUACUACUGUCCUCUCAUCUUUUUCCUCUGCAUAAUUCGAUUUUGCAGGUGAAAGCAGCUUCUCAAAAGCCUUAACCAAAUGUAAAACUCGCCCCGAACUAGGUUCAGCCACCUUUACUCUUGCCUCUUUCAACAGCCCUUCAUCUGAUCCUUGUUUCUCUGUACCAUUAAUCGGAAAACAAUCAUCUGAUCCAAGUUUUUUGUUCUUUUCUUCCCCUUCUUUACUCCCAAUCUCAGUUCCAUCACGCGUUUUUGGCUCCUCCAACUCGCCUUCUUCAUCAACAAUUGUUUGACGAUUCUUAAAAAAUUCAUCCUGAGAACUCCUGAGAUUCUCAUAAGCAACACAGAAACACUUGUGCUCACCAUUACCCUUGUCACACUUGCAGCAAGCCACUGGCACUGCCGCAAUUUCUCUCUUCGAACUCCGCUUUGCCACCACGAACUUCCUCUGCCGGAUCCUCUUAUGCGGGGAAGGCGAAGCCGCCGGGGUUAGGUUAAGGCUAAGGCUUCUCGAAGCCGAUUUUUGCGCUGGAGGCGAAGCCACCACGGCCUGGAAUUUCGAAGCCGAUUUCUGCGCAGAAGGUGAAGCCACUGGACUGGGGAUAACUCUAGGGCUUUUCGACGCAAUCCUUUGGGCUUUGAUCGCCGAUUUCCUGAUCGACGGCGAACCUGAUACCUUCAAACCUGGAUUUGCAACAUUGGGGUCAAAAUUUUCAGCUCUCGCGUCAUGGUUAACGACACCACCAGACUCGCCGUUAGCCUCCAUUGAAUUGAGCAGAGAAGUGAUCCGAUCUAUCCCCGAGAAUUGUGAAACGAGCGCUGUACAGAGAGUGUUUAGAAUGGUGAGUGAUACAGAGUGAAGGGAAAUUGAGGGAAGAAGACUUCAACGGUCGAAAGGUGUACAACGGCUAUACUUUGAAUUUUAGUUUAUAUAGCUCUGUAAUUGGACCGUUGGAUCUGUAUUAUUGGAGGUUCCUCGGCUUAUUAGGCCAUCUGGCAAUCCGCCGUGGCUGUGCAAUUUUGACACCGUCUCACCUUGCCAUUUGGCAAUGUGGGACCCAAUUUUUUAAAAAGUGAAGUUAAAUAUUUGUUACUAUUGUUAUUAUUAUAGAAAAAUUUUAAAGUGUCAUUUAGCACCGA